GUGUGGUGCAGUGUGCAGUAGGAGUAGGCUGUUGUCCAAUUAUUUAUUUUGUGACAUAUCAAGGAGCUGAAUAAUUAUUUUCAUAUUAUAUAUAAAUUUUAUUAUACCGUUUUAAACAUAUUACAACAGACAGAAUGGCCCUGAGACAGCCAGAAAAUCUCAAAGAAAACAUAAGUUCAAGACUGCUUGUCAAGUCUGCUAUUGUAGAACCAGCAAAAGUGCUCCCCAAAAGAGCUGCCCUUGGCGAAGUUGGGAAUAGACUCCCUAUAACAAAUAAGAAUGUACCUGUCAAGAAACCUAGUACUAUGGGGCCUCCACAGGCCCUCGUCAAGAAAACGACAUACAUCUCUGUUACCAAGAAAGAGGUUAAAAAACCAUCCGAAAAAUCGACGACAACAUUGAAACCCAUCUUGAAACGACAGGAGAGUAUCUUGAAAAAUAUUCCUGUUGACGAGAAGAAAACCAUCAACAAGGACCUGACGAAAUCUUAUUCAACAAAGCAACUCAACAUUGUUGACCCAGACGAAAAUUCAAAAAAUGAACCACAAAUGGUAGCUGAAUAUCUUGGCGAUAUUUUUACCUAUUUAAGAGACAUGGAGGUCAAAUAUCCUAUCCGAGAACAAUUUCUUGAAGGUCAUGAAACAACUUCGAGGAUGCGUUCAAUACUUGUAAAUUGGCUUGUUGAAGUUCAUAUGAAUUUCAAACUUUAUCUGGAGACCCUUCAUCUUUGCAUAGCAAUAGUGGAUAGAUACUUACAGGACAAUAAGAAUGUCGGGCGCAGUACUCUCCAGUUGGUUGGUACUUCUGCGAUGCUAAUUGCAAGUAAAUAUGAGGAAAUGUAUAUACCAGAUUUAACAGAUUUUGUUUACAUUUGCGACAACUCUUUCUCCGAGAAACAGAUUCUGCAGAUGGAGAGAGACAUAUUAAAGAAGCUGGAUUUCAGUUUGGGACGUCCUCUAUCUGUUCAUUUUCUGAGGCGUUAUAACAAAAUUGCUCAGGUUCGCAGUGACCACCAUACUUUAGGGAAAUACAUUCUAGAAUUAGCAUUACUCGAUUAUGAACUGGGUCAUGUUAAACCUUCCAUGCUGGCUGCAGCGGCAUGUUGUCUCUCGAUGGGAAUCCUGAAUGAAGUUAUGGAUGUCUCGAAAUUGUGGACACCAACUUUGGUUCAUUACACACAUUAUGAAUACAAUGAUUUCAAACACAUAAUCGCAGAUCUCGGUUGUAUGAUAGCGAAAAGUGAGUCGUCGAGAUUUCAGACGAUUAGGAAGAAAUAUGCGUCUUCUAGUUACGCCAAAAUCAGUCUGAAUACCAAACUAAAUGGACCUUUGAUAAGGAAACUGGCAUCUUCUAAGAAGUGAUAGACCAUUAUUUAAUAUCUGUAAUAUUAUAUAAUUUUUAGGUGAUACUUCCAUCAUGUGAUAUUUUCUAGGAAAAGGUACACAUUGUGAGCCAAUGUUUGUAGGUGAAGUGUGUUGAUGGAAUAUGACAUGAGUUUUGGCUCAGAUACCAGGAAGCAUUAUUAUAUUUUUGACUUUAUAUAAUUUAGGAGACAUUUCAAUGUAAAUAGCUAGGUUUAAAAGUGAAUUAUUUUCUGAUAACACUUCACUACUUCAUUUGAAUUGACUGAAAAAAGAUUUCUCUGAAGAAUAUCAAUUAUGAUGGCUGUAUAUCAUCAACUGUAUAUUUUUAUUAAUUCAUAUACAUUGUUUUUAUGUGUAGUGUAGUUUUAUGCAUUGAAUAAAAUUUUAUCAUUC